GCGGCGGCGGCCUCAUCCCUCCUCCUCGCCGCAUUACAUCAUCGCCCCCGGAGCCCAUUCGCUGAAGGCCGGUUCCUGCUUGGCCCGCGGAGCGCAAAGCUUGCCGCUGACCGGAGCUAGCAACCCGGCUUGGCGGGCUGACCGACGGACGAGUGAGCGGGAAAGCGGGCUCCUCCUUGGCGCCGGGAAAGGCAGCUUCCCUGCGCCCCUUGCAAGCAGCCGGCGGCUCCCGGUCGGGCUCGGCGGCGGAGGAUGGCGGAGAGCGAGUGCGAGACCCCCAGCACUCCCGGGGAGUUCGAGAGCAAAUACUUCGAGUACAACGGGGUGCGCCUGCCGCCCUUCUGCCGCGGGAAGAUGGAGGAGAUCGCCAAUUUCCCCGUGCGAGACAGCGACGUCUGGAUCGUUACCUACCCCAAGUCAGGCACAAGUUUAUUGCAGGAAGUGGUGUAUCUUGUGAGCCAAGGAGCAGAUCCUGAUGAAAUUGGGUUAAUGAACAUAGAUGAGCAACUUCCAGUCUUAGAAUAUCCUCAGCCUGGUCUGGACAUUAUCAAGGAACUGACAUCUCCUCGCCUGAUCAAAAGCCACCUGCCGUACCGCUUCUUGCCUUCUGACCUGCAUAGCGGCGAAUCAAAGAUCAUAUACAUGGCUCGUAAUCCCAAAGAUCUGGUCGUCGCUUAUUAUCAGUUCCAUCGCUCCCUGAGAACCAUGAGCUACAGAGGAACGUUCCAGGAGUUCUGUCGGAGAUUUAUGAACGAUAAGUUAGGUUAUGGUUCAUGGUUUGAACAUGUCCAGGAAUUUUGGCAGCAUCAUAUGGAUUCCAAUGUGCUCUUUCUCAAAUAUGAAGAUAUGCACAAGGAUCUUGCAACCCUGGUCGAACAGCUAGCGAGGUUCUUGGGCAUCGCCUACGACAAAGCACAGUUGGAAUCGAUGGUUGAACAUUGCCACCAGCUCAUUGAUCAGUGCUGCAAUGCUGAUGCCCUUUCAGUGGCCAGGGCUUAUUGAUCUUUGCCCAGAAGCUCACUCUCAGUUGCUGGGAAAACGGGUUCUUGCUUAGCUCACCUUCCUUCCCACUCAACCUCCCAAACCAGUUUCAUGAAUCAAAACAUGAAUGAACCCAGGUGGGUGACUCUUUGACCAGCUGUCCAAAAUGCCUACCGGAAAGUGAAACUCAUACGAUGUAUUUGCAACCUAUUGCAAUGGGAUCUAAUGUUUGGGGGAUUUAAGUGACAGCUCAAAUCCCAACUUCGCUGUGAUAUCUGCACAUGGAAUGUGGUUUAGUAUGGUUUAUAUUUAAGAGCAAGUAUCAAGGAUGGAAAUAGGGAAUCAAGCGUCUUGCUACUUAACCUCCGGGCCCUGCUGAUUUUCCAGUUCUUGGUUGUUUUCCUCAAGAGGUUCCAAAUCCCUUUGGAGACAAGAACCAAUGGAAUUCUGCUUCAUUUUUCGAGGGUCUUGAUAUUAUUCAACUGGAUCUUGAAAACCUGAUAGUUUCUCCCUUAUUUCUCUUAUAUACCUGUUGUGGCCCGCCAGC